GUCUUGGCCUUUUUCAUGUCCCUUUCAUCAAUCAAAGAGGCCCCAUUAUUUUUCCUCUGUUCUCAUGGAAUCCAAGGACCCAAAGCUUCAGUUGCAAGAGGUGCACAGCUUCUUGACCCGUCUCCCAACCCCGGACAUGGCAGACAACAGGCCUGCAGCAGAGAUCAAAGACCUCCAAAUUGUGGCGGCAAACAAAGACGAUAGCAAGAAGCAGUUGGCGCCAAAGAGAGUCUCCAACAAGGACCGGCACAAAAAGGUGGAUGGUCGAGGUAGAAGAAUACGAAUGCCAGCUCUGUGCGCAGCCAGAAUCUUUCAGUUGACAAGAGAAUUAGGUCACAAAUCCGACGGAGAGACAAUCCAGUGGCUGUUGCAGCAAGCCGAGCCAUCCAUCAUUGCUGCAACUGGAUCGGGGACUAUCCCGGCCUCAGCUCUUGCAGCUGCAGGGGCCUCUGUUUCGGAACAGGGGAACUCUGUUUUGGCUGGUUUGCAUUCCAAGUUGGAUGAAUUGGGACCAGGUAUGGGGAGUAGGAGCAACUGGACUAUGAUGAGUGGCAAUUUAGCUAAAUCCCAUAUAGCAGCAACUGGGAUGUGGCCCUCUUUGACUGGAUUUGGAUCAGGGUUUGUUCAAAAUUCCGGCUUUUCAACAUCCAAUUCAGGGAACGAAAACUCGAAUUUCUUGCCUAGGAUUGGGUUCCAUGGGUUAGAAUUCCCAAACAUGAGUCUGGGGUCAAUGAAUUUUUCCACAAUUUUGAGUGGAACUAAUCAGCAGCUUCCAGGUUUGGAGCUUGGACUUGCUCAGGAGGGUCAUUCUGGGGUUUUCAACUCUCAAGCAAUGAACCAGUUUUACCAGCAGAUGAAUCAGCAACAAGAAGAACAUCCUGAUGAUGAUGACUCCCAAGAAUCAAAACAUUAGAAGUAAAGAACUGAAUUUGUUAUACAGGAUUGCCCUUUUUUGCUGCAAAUUUCACCGAACUCUCCAAAAACAGUUUUGACAAUGAAGAGUGAAGUGCUUGAAGAUUGAUUGUGGUUUCUUUCUUUUUGAGGUGUGUUAUUGAUAUAUAUAUAUAUAGUAGUCCUCUUAUAGGCAAAUUAAAUUGCUUUGCUUUUAUUAUAUUUGAAUGGAGGUAUAUAGUGUUCUGAAAAUGAACUAAAAGUCUCAGAAUUGUUGUUA